AUGCGCAACCAACAGCACCAGCCGCAAGCACCAAAACCAACACCCUCGAAUCUUGAAACAAAGCCGGCCAAAUCCACGUUCUCAUCUACCAAGUUUGCCGCCAAAGACGUCUCCAAGAGCACAACGACUUCGGCCAAAUCCACUCCGGACUCAUCACAAGCUUCGACUCAAGCUUCGACCAAAUCUGCCGCUACGAAAACUGCUCCUCUCAAGCGAGAAGGCUCGAGCUUGUUCAAGGCAUUUGCCAAAGCCAAACCGAAGAUGCUGAGCCAGCCGACCGAAAGCUCCACCGAACCUUCACCUGCCGUAGAUCCGCUCACCAAGGAGGAUGGUCAGUAUUUCAACAAGCAGGAAUAG